GGGUUUCAAAAUAAAAGUUCCUUUGUUUCAUUUUUAAAAAAACACAUCGUUUUCGUUUUUGGUUCCAUUUGGUACUACAACUACAAGCUCUGCGCUGAGCUCUGCUUCUAUAACUUUUGGGAGGGAAAAUUAGCUCAGCAAAAAAAAAAAAAAAAAAAAAAAAAAGGAAAAAACCUCAAUAUCAAAACAUUACAAACCAACCCAUUUCACCAAAACCCUAAUCUCUCUCUCGCCAGAGGCUGCAUUUCAUUCUAAAAAUAUUGUAAGAUGAGCACCACAGUACAGAGAACUCCCAGAUCUGGGAGGCAGUCGUUGUUUUUUCAAGAUUUGGCAUCUCCAGUUUCUGCCCGGAGAGGGAAGUUUUCAAGUCCAGGUCAGGCAGCAGCAGUAUCUGCUCUGUGGCGUGAGAAUUUUGCAGGGUCGGAUCUUCCACCUCCUCCUGUUUUCACCUUGGAAGACCGGUCAGAUUUUUCUCCUGAAUCUGGGAUUCCAGAUUACCCAUUAUCUCCAGAAGCCAAAUCAGACCCCAGAACUCCUGUCCAGAGUUCCGGUCGGGACAUCUCAACUCGAGGGAAAAACAAAUCAGAGGCAAGCACUUCUUAUGCCCUGAUGGGUGCACAGCAAAACCAACAGGGUUCAGUGGGUUUGAAUUGGUGGUCACCUGCAAAGAGUGGCAGUGAGCAAGAAGAUAAAGGUAAGAGUUCGCCUGUUGAGGGUGUGGUUCAGCCUGGUGCUUUGAUCACACUUCCACCCCCAAGGGAAGUUGCAAGACCGGAGGUACAGAGGAAUUGCUUGCCCACAGGUGACCUCAAUGAGGAAGAAUGGGUUACUGUCUAUGGGUUUUCCCCAUCUGACACGAAUUUAGUUUUGAGGGAGUUUGAAAAGUGUGGUGUGAUUUUGAAACAUGUUCCAGGUCCAAGAGAAGCUAACUGGAUGCACAUUCUAUAUCAGAAUCGAUUUGAUGCUCAGAAGGCUCUCAGCAAGAAUGGCAUGCAAAUCAAUGGGGUACUAAUUGUAGGUGUUAAGCCAUUGGAUCCAAUGCAACGCCAGGCUUUGAGUGAAAGGGUCAACAAUCAGGGAUUCAUGACUUUACCUCCUCAACCGUCCACAAAAUCCUCAGAACUGAACACAUUGAAAGCCCCCUCUCGCCCCUAUUAUCUUCAAAAUGGCAGUACCAAUACUCGGCAGUCAGGAGGUGCCAUUGCUUCCCCAACAAAAUCUUUGGUGUCUAAAAUCAUGGAUCUGAUGUUUGGAGUUUAGGUUGGUCAACUGAUUUUAUGCCAUCUAGGUUAUAAGCCAAUAUGCUACUUCCAAGGCAAUUUACUAUACAUAUGAGAGUUUCAGCACUCGUAAGCUUGAAUCAGGUUUUUCUUUUGCUAUUUUUCUCCUGGUGGGAAAUGCUUGAUUUUUUCUUUAUUGAAAUUGUACAAGACUGAAAGUACCAUUUACCCUGGAUAGUUCAUUUGUGAAAGUAUUUAAAGAGAAGAAUUUGAAUUUCCAUGUUUA